GAAUUACUGAUGCUUUCUGGAAAAACACUUUGUAUCCUGAAUACAAGAUUUUCUACACAGCAAGGAAGAAAUGCUUUCAAAAUUUAUUAAGCAAGUAUCUUUACUCUUCAUGACAAUGUUUGGAACUCUGGGAAAUAUUUCUGUUUCUGUGAACUAUAUGUUCAGUUGGUUGGGAGGGCUUGAGAAGAAACCCAUACACCUUAUUCUUAUCCACUUGGCUUUUACAAACAUCAUAAUUCUUCUUGCAAACGGAUUGCCAAACACAAUGGCAGCUUUUGGUUUGAGAAACUUCCUAGAUGACAUACAAUGUAAGAUCCUCGUUUACCUGUCAAGGGUGGCCCGUGGGGUCUCCAUCUGCACUAGCAGUUUCCUCACUGUGGUCCAGGCCAUCAUCAUCAGUCCCAGAGCAUCUGGGUGGAAAAGGCUCAGACCAAAGUCUGCAUGGCACAUCCUUCCAUUCUUUUCAUUCUUUUGGAUACUCAAUGCUUUAAUAGGUAUGAACCUAAUCCAUUCCAUCACAAGUACAAGUCUGAAUAUAUCACAGUUUAAGAGUGAGGACGGCUACUGUUAUUUCAUGCUAGAAAGUUGGCAAACAAAAUGGAUUGUUCUUCCCUUUAUGGUCUUGAGAGAUGCUGUGUUUCAGGGAGCCAUGGGAGGCGCCAGUGGCUACAUGGUACUUCUUCUCCACAAGCACCACCAGCAUGUCCUCUACCUUCAGAACUCGAAGCUUCUCUACAGAACUCCCCGUGAGCUAAGAGCUGCUCAGAGUGUCCUCCUUCUGAUGCUCUGUUUUGUUUUCUUCUAUUGGGCUGACUGUGCUUUUUCUCUAUUUUUAAGUCUUUCUUUAGCAGAAAAAUCCUUGACAGCAAAUGUUCAAAAGUUUCUGGCUCUUGGUUAUGCAACUUUUAGCUCCUUUGUGUUGAUUCACAGGGAUGGACUUCUGCCUGAGUGUUGCGAGAAAUUGAGAGACUAUCUCUCAUGUUUCUGUUCAAUGAUUGUGGAAAAACUCUCACUUCUGCAAUAUUGUAGUAAGACAAAAUUCUUAUAA